GUAUUGUGCGCUGCCCAGAAGUAGAAAGGCACAUUUUAACUAACGACUGCCUGUUUUGUGCGCUGCCCAGAAGCUGAAUUUCUUGACAAAAUCGAUAAACUCUAGACAUUCUCAAAUUUUUAAAUUUUUUUUUUGUUGUUGUAUAUUUCGUUAAUCAUACAACAAAUCUAAUUGAUCUUAAACUAACCAAUUUCUUGGAAUUCAGAAAUUUAAUCCCAUUUUGUUUCAUCACUUUGAUUGAUCAAGUCAAUGGAUUCCUGGCUCAAGCGUGCUGAAGGCCUGUUUGAAGUUGUAGAUCGGAGGGCAAAGCUUGUUGCAAAUGAGCUUUCAGAUGAGCAGUCCAAUGUACCCCAACCAGCUUCCAAUGGAAAAGGUCCUCAGGGUAAAAGGUCAAAAGCAAAGGCAAAGAAGAGAGCUUUUAUGGAGGAGCGUGUGAGAAAAGGUGUAAGUGCACAGGAAGAAAGUAGCAUACAGCCAUCAGUAUCAGAUUCAAAAUCCGAUGAGAUGGGGACCUCCACAACAGUUGAAAAUAACGGACUGACCCAAGGAAACUCAACCGCCCAAAUUAAAAUUAAGAUGGAAGACAAUAUUGAGAAUGAUUCUCAUGUAAAUGCUGCUAUAUCUGAUACAUCAUCAAAUGAAGUGAGCAAACAUAAUGAUGGGCAGGGCAAGGCUGCUACCAGUGAUGAAGUAGUCACUUCAUCUUUGAAUGUUGAGAUUGGUAGUGACAAUAUUCCUUCUACAGCAUCUGCUGCUGCAAGCACUGAGGCAAGCCUUAACAACAAUCAUUCAAUUGGUUCUGGACAAAAUAUUGGUUUGAAAGAUGCAGAUGACUCUGUGAAAAAGCCUGGGGAAGAGAAGUUCCAAUCCACAGUUGAUGUUACACCCAUCCCAGUGAAUGCUGAUACGAAAAAGGUAAACACUGUUGAUGUCACACCUGAACCUGUUUCCAAUCCCUUUAAACAGGAGGAUGAAAAGGCAAGGACAUCUUCGAACAAAGUACAAGAGCAACUUGAAGAGGCUCAAGGUCUGCUCAAAUCAACGAAUACUACUGGUCAAUCAAAAGAGGCCAGGUUAGCUCGGGUUUGUGCUGGACUUUCAUCCCGUCUUCAGGAAUACAAGUCUGAAAAUGCUCAGUUAGAGGAGCUUCUAACAUCUGAAAGGGAGCUCAGUAAAUCAUCUGAGAGUCGCAUAAAACAACUGCAACAGGAGUUAUCUGCUGCCAAAACAGAAAUAAACAGAGUUGAGUCAAACAUGGCUGAAGCGUUAGCUGCAAAAAAUUCUGAAAUUGAGACACUUGUCAGUUCUGUUGAGGCUCUGAAGAAGCAGGCUGCUUUGUCUGAAGGGAAUUUGGCAUCUUUGCAGGCAAAUAUGGAAACUUUAAUGAGAAACAGGGAGCUUACAGAAACACGGAUGAUGCAAGCCCUAAAGGAGGAGCUUGCCUUGGCUGAAAGACGGGCAGAAGAAGAGCGUGCAGCUCAUAAUGCCACCAAAAAGGCUGCAAUGGAGAGGGAAGUAGAGUUGGAACACCGAGCUGUUGACGCAUCUACUGGCCUUGCUAGACUGCAGAGAAUGGCCGAUGAGAGGACAGCAAAAGCAGGUGAGCUUGAACAAAAGGUGGCAUUACUUGAGGCUGAAUGUGCAUCUUUGAAUCAAGAAUUGCAAGACAUGGAGAGUCGUUUACGCCGUGAGCAAAAGAAGUCUCCUGAGGAUCCAAGUCAAUUGAUUCAGAUACAGACAUGGCAACAGGAAGUGGAACGUGCACGUCAGGGUCAAAGAGAUGCUGAAAUCAAGCUUUCUUCUCUUGAUGCUGAGUUGCAAAAGAUGAGAGUUGAAAUGGCUGCCAUGAAGAGAGAUGCUGAGCAUUAUUCGCGUCAGGAGCACAUGGAACUUGAAAAGCGAUACCGUGAAUUAACCGAUUUAUUGUACUAUAAGCAAACACAGCUUGAAACAAUGGCAAGUGAAAAAGCUGCUGCAGAGUUUCAGUUAGAGAAGGAGAUCAAACGUCUUCAGGAAGUACAGGCUGAAGCAGAGAGAAACAAGAUUUCUCGUCGGGCAUUGACAACUUGGGAUGAAGAAACAGACAUGAGAGAACUCGAGCCUCUCCCACUACAUCAACGUCACUUGGUUGGGGCUAGCAUGCAGUUGCGAAAGGCAGCAAAACUUUUAGAUUCUGGUGCCGUCAGUGCUACAAGGAUUCUAUGGCAGCACCCUAGAGCUCGAGUUGGUCUGCUAUGUUAUCUAGUUUUUGUACAUAUGUUCUUGAUGUACCUGUUGCAUCGCCUUCAGGCUCAAGCUGAUGAUUUUGCCGCUCAAGAUGUUGCUCGGUCGAUGGGACUUUCUCAACCCAAUUUACCAUGACCAAAAUAUGCUUUCAAGUGCAGAAAGCUCUUAUACCUAUGCAGCUCCACCACAUGUGGAAAAAUACUGAUUACUUUUCAGAAGCUAGUGUUUUGUUUGGCAUUUAUUCAGAAACCUUGGAGAGUGAUGGAAGUUGCGCACUAUUAUUCGCAUUCCUCAUUGUAUGUAUUGACGCACCUCUACCAACUAACAGCAACUCUUAUAAAGUUAUGGUAACUUCUCCAGAUACUACAAUGACAGAGUGCAAAGUUCAGUUGUGGAUUGCAUACGUUUGUCUGUUUAAAGCUGUAAGCCUGAUGUGCUUUCUUGGAGAUACAAGGCGAUGAAGAUUGCAUAUAUGUAGUCAUAAAACACAAAAUUAUACGAAGUAUUUCUUAAAAUCAACACUGAUAGAAUUGCAUUUGUUUUAGAUCGGUGUUUCUUCUAUCUGAUAAUACAUAUGUAAAGGUGGCCAAACAAUUUUCUGAACUUGUGUAAAUUCUUCAGAUUGAUGAAUUGGCCAAUACUUUCCUGUUUUUUUUUUUUAAGAAAUUGGAGGUGUUUUUAACUUGGCUUUAGUUUGAAUUUGUGCAGCAAUAGCCAUGAUAUCUAAUUUCAAUGAAUUAUAAAAUCAUUGAGAUUAUAUUUUCUGUACA